AUGGGUUUCGGGGAUUUCAACUCGAUAUGUGAGAAGACGCCUAUGCCACUAUGCCUUCUCGUAGGCCCGGUGUCGACGAUAUCUGGAACCGGGUCGAGGGGCAUAGUGUCGAAUUGUUAUGCCCGGAAUAUCGAGGUCGCCAAUACGAUGAUAUUUGAAGGCGCCGCCUCGUUCAUGCAUAUUAUUGCGCUUUCAAUGACAGUGAUCAUGAUCUUACACAUUCGCUCCAAGUUCACCGCUGUCGGACGCAAGGAGAUUCUCACAUUCUUCUACCUCUAUCUAGCUCUGACGAUCUUCUCACUUAUAAUCGAUGCCGGUGUCGUUCCACCAAGGAGCGGGCCGUUCCCCUACUUCGUGGCAAUCCAAAAUGGAUUAGUCUCCGCCCUAUGCACUUGCCUUCUGGUAAACGGCUUCGUCGGGUUCCAACUGUAUGAAGAUGGCACGGCAUUAUCUGUGUGGCUGAUCCGCAUUCCGUCCGCAAUCAUGUUUGCCAUCACCUUCGUCAUUUCCCUGCUGACCUUCAAGUCAUGGUCAGGUGGUGCUUUAGGACCCGAGAAUACCGUUGGUAUGUUCGUGGUACUCUACAUCAUAAACGCCAUCUGUAUUGCCAUCUACAUUGUCAUGCAAUUGUUAUUAGUAGUGAACACACUGGAUGACCGCUGGCCCCUCGGACAUAUCUGCUUCGGUGUGGCAGUCUUUAUCAUCGGUCAGGUGCUCUUGUACGCUUUCAGCGAUCUCAUCUGUAACAACGUCCAGCAUUACAUGGAUGGCCUGUUCUUUGCAACCUUCUGCAACCUACUCGCUGUGAUGAUGGUCUACAAGUUCUGGGAUUCGAUCACAACAGAAGACCUCGAAUUCUCCGUCGGCGUCAAGGCUAAUACUUGGGAGGUUAAGGACCUUCUCUCAGAAGAAGACCGACGUCAAACCGUUUACCAGGACACCAAUUCCGAAUAUGGGGGCAGCAUGCGUGCAAAUGGACACCACCGCUCGUCGAAUUACGGCCACCGCUCCUAG